UUAACCGAAUAACCGAAUUUUUUUAAUUAAUUUAAUAUUUUAAUUAUUAAUUAGUAGAAAAAUAGAAAUUACAAAAUUGGGAGAAAAUUGAAUGAACCCUAGUCCAGCUUCCCUCCUCCCGUCAGUUUUGUUCGAACUUCUGCCCAUCUUCCUCUUCCCAAAUCCCGUCGCCCUCUCCUCUCCGUCCGACCGUCCAACGCCGUCCGCCGCCUCCGUGAGACGCCGCCCUGCCCUUCGCCACGCUGCAUCAGUCUACGCCGCCCUGCCCUUCGAUUCUGAAUCAGUCCACGACUCCAGGCUGCUCCGCGACGCAGCUCCGCCACGCCGCCGGCCACUUCGCUGUUCGUCCGCCGCCCCGAUUAAAUGGAAGCUUCACAGGAACAUACUCAACAAGCUUCAAAUGUCCCUCCAAAUGCAAAUCCAAAUGGAGAAGAACCUCAAUCUCAGUCACAUACAGAAGCCACUGUUACCACAGGAAAAAAGAGGAAAACUUCUGAGAGGAAAACUUCUGAGCAAAGAUCCACUCGUUGGGCAGACUACACCGUGGUCGAAGUUGAAGUAAGGGAUCCUCCCAUUUUAAAGAAGAAAGCAAAAUGCAACGGAUGUGGCACCUUAAUCGCAGCUGAUUCGUCUAAAAAUGGCACCACUGGUUUGAAAAAUCAUACAGAGGUUUGUAAGAGAAAGCAUGAGGCGUCAGGUGGUCAAGCAACGUAGAAUUAUCAACCUGUUCCCGGUGAUGGAAAUGGAAGUGGGGUGUUAUCAACUUGGAAGUUUAACCAAAAGGAAAGCAGGUUGGCUUUGUGUGAGAUGAUCAUUCUAGAUGAACUCCCGUUCUGAUUUGUAGAACGAGAGGGAUUUAGAAAAUUUCUUGCUCGUGUUUGCCCUGACUUUAAAAUUCCAAGCAGACAAACGAUUAGAGAGGAUGUUGUGAAGCUAUUUGCUGAGAAGAAAGGUGAUUUGAAGGGGUAUUUCACGAAUAAGGGCAUGGGCAGAGUAUCUAUCACCACUGAUUGUUGGACUGCAAUCAAUAACACAAAUUUUAUUUGUGUUACAGCUCAUUUCAUUGGAAAGGAUUGCAACCUACACAAGAAAAUUAUAGCCUUUCGCAACAUUUGUAGUCACAAAGGGGAAGAUGUUGGGGAGUCGAUUAUUGAAGUGCUCAAUGAGUGGGAUUUGAAGAACAUAUUCAGUUGCACUAUGGACAAUGUAACACCGAAUGAUGGGGCUGCUCGAUAUAUCACAGACAUUCUUAACAUAUGGAAGACCGAUGUUUUGGGCGGCAAAUAUCUUCAUAUGCGUUGUGCUGCACACAUAAUAAAUUUGGUGGUGAAGGAUGGAUUAGAUGAAAUUGGCAUCUCA